UUAUUGAGAUUCAAGGGGAAUGGUUAGUCGAGCUGAUGGUCAGGAUGAGGGAUGAGAAACGCAGAUUUGUCGAUGCCAAGAAAGAAUGCGAAGAGGCUUGGACAAAAGAGGUUCGCGAUGUUUGGGAAGCAAGUUUGUUCCCGGGAGCGGAUUCUUGGUAUCAGGGGCCAAUAUUCCUGGAAAAACUAGGGAGCCACUCUGCUAUGCUGGAGGAUAUCCGAAAUACGAGGACCUGCUCAGAAAAAUUGCAGCCGAUGGUUAUAAAACCUUCAAUUUGGCAUGAUUUUCAAUCGACCGAAUGUGCAAAUUUUAUGAGCAAAAAUACGGGUCCGCUUAUUUUUGGAUGUGAACAAAUUAAAAUUAGUCUCAUAAUGAGACUAAUUAAUCUUAAUCAGACUCUCAUUAAGAUUGGAGAUAAACACUUCGCGAUGUUGCAUUGUAAGUUUAAUUUGCUCACAAUCAAAAACAAGUGGACCCGUAUUUUUUCUUUCCCCAGAAUGCGCGCAUUUAAGCGCAUGGCGCCAAUUUCAAAUCUUUUUCCAAGCAAAAUUUGAAAUGUUCAAAUCGCUACAACUUAUUUUGGCGCUAAUUCAAAAAAACAAAAACAUGUAUGCUUAGAAUUACUUUCUUUACAAUAUAAAAAUUCAAUUUUAAAUUUUUUGAAAAUUCAAAUUUUUGUAGAGAUUUUGUAUAUUUCGAAAAUUGGUUAAAAAUUUGAAUUUUCAAAAAAAUUUGAAAUUGAACUUUUCGCCAUACUGGACCGCACACGACCCCCUCAAAUUAGCAUUGCCCGUAGUUAGUUACCACAUGCCAUAUGUGUCUCAUAGAUGGAAAAAAUAGAAGAAAUAAGAUCAAAAGGAAUUUAUUUUAUUUUAAUCCUCAUUUAAGAUUUCCACUUUUUGGGUUUUAUUUAUCUGUCUGGCUUAGGUUUCCACGAAGUUGUUCAUAUUUGUCCUACAUGAGCUUAUCAACAGUGACGACCAACAUUCCGUAAAUAUAUUUACAUACCCUGAAUAUAGUACGCUAAAAAAAUACUGCAUCCUGUACAAUAUCACACCUAGCCUCCAACGCGACACAAUUUAUUUUUAUUUAUAUCGAAUAAAGCAGAGAGAAAAGUAGUAAUAUCACAAAAUGUCUCAGAAUUUAGAGUAUGACACUUUCUACGAUAACACGCUCACUUUGUCCAAGACUCUGCAGGAUUCGUUGACCAAGUUGCUUGCACAUGGCAAGACACCACCAAAAUUUAAGUCAAUUGCGGCAGAAAAGACUGCCCUGCUGACCAAAGAAGUUGCAAUAUUUUCUGCAGACAUAUCGAACUUUAAAGAAAAUCCAGGUUCUCUUAAGUCGACGCAACUGCUGACCACAGCUUUCAACGUCUUAGAAGAUCUUGAUGUGGAUGCUUAUUCACCAUACGAGUCAAAAGCAAGGCGACCAGACAUGCGGAGGAAUCUACUCCGAAUUCUGCAAGUAAUCGGAUGUUUCACUGCAGCGGGUGGAAUGCUGGCGGUCGGCAUCAAGAGCGAUCUUGACUUAACCAUGCUGCAUCUUAUCCUUCCCAUCACAGCCGGUGCGGUAUUAUCGUUCUGCAUUUUUCUGAAAUGGUUUGACCCCUCUAAAAAAUUUGAUGCUUUGGUUUCUGAAUUAGAAAAAGUUUCUGGACAAAUUCGUAACUUACGGGCAGAUCCAUUGUAUUUAGAAAGUAGAAAAAGAUAAAACAAAACUGAGCUACAAAUAGAUACAGUAAAUAAAUCGUUGUUUAAAUAUA